AUGCUGAAAACACGUAUAGAGGAGGUACAGUUACAAUUCCUCACGGGGAAUACAGAACUCACCCAUUUGCAAGUAUCCAAUGACCAGCUUGUAGUAACCACACAGCGAACGGUUUACAGAAUAAAUCUACAAGACCCAGCUAUCGUCAAUAACUUUGAAUGCCCGUUGAAUAAGGAACUAGAAUCGAUAAUGAAUGUACACGUUUCUCCCCUGGGUACCGCCAUUUUCAUUCGAACCAACUUCGGUAGAUAUAUGUUGCUAAAGGACGGCGAAUUCACUCAAUUUAACAAAAUUAAAAACCUUGAUCUUAGUUCAUUCUUUUGGAUUGAUGAAACCACCUUUCUUAUGGGGACCAAGAAAGUGGCCAAGCUGUACCGAAUCGAAUGGACUGGCAAGGACUUUACCUCAAAACUAUGGUACGACAACAAGAAACUGCCCGGGGGUAUCGAUGGUGUGGCGUAUUGGAAAGGUUCUUUAUUAUUAACUAUUAAGGACAAUAUUUUAUAUUGGAAAGACAUAACGAAAAUGAAACUUCCUUUGCUACAACCAGAUGAAUCUGAGCAAUUUGAGAGGUUGAAGCAUCACACAAUAAAGAAAUUUGAUUCUUAUAACGGGUUAUUUGCCUGGGUCACGUCAAGUGGGAUUGUUUUCGGAGAUUUAAAAGAUAAUUUUACGGCUAAAGAUUCUGCUUCAUCUGAUAACGUGGGGAAAUUCUUAUCUUCUUCAAAAGUUCUUCUCAAUUUCGAGUUACCUGACUAUAACAACGAUAAAGACCAUCUAAUUAAAGAUAUAGUUUCGACUCCCUUCCAUAUUCUACUUUUAAGAAAUGAUACAGUUACUAUGGUAAGUCAAUUGAAUAAUGACAUCGUAUUUCAUGAAGCUAUACCGAGACACCGAUUUGCGAGUGCCACUGCUGAUAGUAAUGAAAAAUUCCUGGGACUUGUAAGAGAUUCGGAAAAGGAAACAUUUUGGUGUUUUUCCAAUAGAAACGUUUUUGAAAUAAUAAUCGAGAAUGAGUCUAACUCAAUAUGGAACUUGUUAGUUAGAGAUAAUAAAUUUGACAAGGCUCUGUCUCUAAAGGGCCUGACGCCCAGAGAAAUGGAAGCUAUCAAAUUUUCAAAGGCAAUGUAUCUUUUCCACACUGCUAAAGAUUUUCAUUCAGCUGCCAACACUUUGGGAGUUAUCAAAGAUUUAUCACAUUUUGGGGAAAUCGCACUGAAUUUUCUACAAAUAAAGGAUUACAACGACUUAAACAUAGUAUUGAUAAAACAGCUGGAAAAUGUGCCUUGGAAAUCAACACAAGUUGUUUUGUCAAGUUGGAUUGUUUGGAAUUUCAUGAAGCAAUUAAACGAUAUUGAACUGAAAAUGCACACUACCAAGACUACGUCUGUCGAUGAAGAUAACUUGUUGAAUUGGAAUUUAAUGCUCAAAGAGAAGUCAAAUGAAUUGACUAAGUUUUUAGAGCGUCAUUUAGAAACGCUUGAUAAUGAAACCGUUUACCAGAUAAUGUCUAGACAAAAUAGGCAAAAUGAAUUAUUGGUUUUUGCUAAGUUGAUCAACGACAUGAAAUUUUUGUUGUCAUAUUGGAUUGAUCAAGGAAAUUGGUAUGAAUCCUUAAAAAUUCUGUUGACUAUAAACGAUAACGACCUGGUUUAUAAGUACUCUUUGAUUCUUUUGUUAAAUUCACCUGAGGCAACAAUAUCAACGUGGAUGAAACUUAGAAAUUUGAACCCAAACAAGUUUGUUCCAACAAUUCUAAAGUAUUUCACAAACUGGCAAAAUAGCGCCAAACUCGUUAGUAGCUCAUCGGAAUAUCCAGAAAACUACUCAUUAACUUACUUGAAAUGGUGUGUCAAAGAAGUUCCAAGAACAUGCGAUCCUAUAAUAUACAAUUCAAUUCUUUACAUGAUGAUUACAGACCCGAAAAAUGAUGCAAUAUUAGAAAACGAUAUGAUAAAAUUUAUGAGGUCAAAUGAAAAUAAAUUUGACCUGAACUUUCAAUUACGGCUAUCAUUAAAGUACAAAAAGACCAAAGUUUCCAUCUUUCUUUUAACACGCCUAAAAUUAUUCGAUGAUGCCAUUGAUUUAGCUUUGAAAAAUGAUUUGAUUGAUGACUGUAAAAUAAUUGUGAAUGAUGAAAUUCUUAUAGAGGAUUAUAAACUCAGAAAAAAGUUAUGGUUGAAAAUCGCAAAAUAUUUAUUACUUUCAAUGAAAGACAUUGACAUUAAACAAUUGAUUAGGACAAUUUUAAAUGAUUCUAAUGAAGUUUUGACAAUCAAAGAUCUCUUACCAUUUUUCAACGAAUAUACUACAAUUGCUAACUUGAAAGAAGAAUUAAUCAAGUUUUUAGAGAAUCACAACAUGAAAAUGAACGAGAUCUCAGAAGACAUCAUAAACUCUAAAAACUUGAAAGUGGAGAUAAAUACUGAAAUUUCCAAAUUCAAUGAGAUUUACAGAAUUUUAGAACCAGGCAAAUCUUGUGAUGAAUGUGGGAAGUUCUUACAGAUAAAAAAGUUCAUAGUUUUUCCCUGUGGUCAUUGUUUCCAUUGGAACUGUUUGAUCAGGUUGAUAUUAACCUCAAAUGAUUAUAAUUUGAGACAGAAGAUAGAAAAAUUUUUAAAAGCCAAGAACAAGCAUAAUCUAAAUGAUUUAGAGUCUAUUAUUGUGGAAAAAUGUGGAUUAUGCAGUGAUAUUAACGUAAACAAGAUCGAUCAGCCAGUGCGCAUUGAUGAAGCAGAGUUAGCGAAAUGGAAUGACUGA